CUAUUGCUUAUGGUAUGUCCAAAUUUUGGUAACGCAACUCAGUUCGAUAAGUCAAGCAGUACCGAUGCUAUUAACAUAGGCAAGCAAAGGCACACAGCUGCGCAGUCGCCAACAGCAGAAGCAGCAAUCAGCAGUAGCAGAAGCGAGUGCAGUAUAAAUAUGAAUUUAGAAGCAUAAAGGCACACAGACUGCAGUCAACAGCGACCGUGUAGCGAGCAGCACAAAAUCAGCGCUAAGCUUAAAACGAAUUUUUGCAUUGCUCCAAAUGGCCGCAGCAAUAAUACUACAUUUGCUGUUCCUAGCAACGCCUUUAGUGAGCGCACAGCUGGUGGAAUUAGAGCCAGUUUUGAGCGGUCCAACUGCGUCACCUCUAGGCUGUCAUAGACGCGUUUAUACCUAUCGCGUUACCCAGACGGAUGAAAUGGGCCGCACUUGCUGGGACUUUGUGGAUAUAUGGAGCUGCUGGGGACGCUGCGACUCUAGUGAGAUAUCUGAUUGGAAAUUUCCCUACAAGCUAUCAUUUCAUCCGGUUUGCGUGCAUGCCAAACGUGAAGAGGUGGUAGCUACUCUGAAAAAUUGUCAUCCAGAGGCGGACGAAAGCAUCAGAAAGUACAGUUAUAUGGAGGCUAAGCAUUGCCAUUGUCACACCUGCUCCACAGAGGACACCAGCUGUGAGGCUCCAGUUAGCAAUGAUGCACUCAACGAACAAGAGAGCGUCAAAGUGUUGGCAUUGACCGGUGACAAUUCAGCAGCUUUCGAUUAUUAGACCAAUGUGUAGUACAGUGUAGAGCAGUGUAAAUGUGCGUUCGCUAUAAUAAAACUUAUAUUUUAAUGGCAAUUUGCAUAUAAAGCAUAAAAAA